AUGGUACUUUCGAGUCUGAAUAAGCCUGAUCCUAUGUAUGUACAAAGGCUAGUUCCCGCACUGCUUUGCUGUCUUUCCCAAUUGGAGAUUCUCACCUUGAACAUAUAUCAGAAGCAGGAGCUUCUAACGACGCUCAAUUUCCCUGUGAUGCCUAAACUUAGGAAGUUGGUCGUCAAGAAAUUUUUAUAUGGAGUGGACUGGAGUCUUCUAGACCUGGCUCAUUUUAUCAAUGCAUCUCCCAACUUGCAAGAAUUUGAGUUAAAGCAACGAUGGUGUGGUGUUAAAAGGUCAAAUAGAGAAAUUCAGAAGGGAGUUAAGCAGUUUCCACAACACCAGCACUUGAAUGUUUUUCGGUUUUUAGGUUAUUAUGGUUGCCCGAGUGAUCUUGAAUUAGUCAACUACUUGGUGGAGAAUUGUGUUGCGCUUAAGGAGUUAAUUGUUGAUGCCCAACGUCCGGACCCUCUUCCCUAUGUUGAUCAUAAAAAAUUAAAAUUGGUCGAAAAAGCAAAGAUUUACGCUAAACAGCAGCUGGAGCCGCUGGUACCUAAGCACAUUAGGUUAUUUAUAUGUUAA